AUGAAGCGCCGAGAUCAGCGUCGCAACUUACAGAUCGGGUCGCUCCUUCCCCUCCGGUACCACCCCCCUCCCCCCGUCCCCCUCCUCUUGAACUAUGUGCAGCUGCUCGCGUCGAACAACAUCAUGUACGACCGCAGAGUCGUGAGGGGCAACACGUACGCGGCACAGGUGGUAACCCAGAGCGCUCAGCGAGAGUCGCUCCGACUUAGGCAAGAGCACGAGAGGAGGAUGCGUUUGGAAGCGCUACGGCGCCGUCAGGCUGCGGAGUUCUCGAACAUGCCGCGGACCCCCCCGCCGGUGCAAGGGCGCAUGCAUAUGGACGCCCAGACAGAAGAGUUUCUCGAAGAGCUAACGGACAGGCCGGUGGAGACAUCAAUUGAAACUCAAACGGAGGCUUUUAUGGAUCGCCCUUCGUCUCCCCUGUUCGUGCCGGCGAAGAGCGGGGUGGAUGCCGACACUCAAGUCGUUGUCGGCGAGCUGUUCGACUUCGAUCUAGAGGUGGAGCCAAUUCUUGAGGUAUUAGUAGGGAAAACCCUCGAGCUAAGCGUCCUCGAGCUCAUGGAGGAGGAAGAGCUGGCCGUCAUCCGAAGACGGCAGGCAACAUUUGCCCGCGAGAGGGACGCGGAGAUGGCGGAGGUGCAGCGCAUGGAGGCCGAGGCGAAGAGAAAGUCUGCAGAAAAGAUGCGACGCAUGAAGCAGCAGCAGGAGGUUAAGAAGGCACGAGAGGCCUUACUCGAGAAGGUGGCCGCCCGCAGCUUCGCCAAGAACUACCUCUCCAAUUUGAAGACCGAUGUGUUCGACGACCUCGAGGACGAGGGUCACUUCUACGAUCCGCUCUCGAAGGAGGUCAAGGAGGUGUUUUUGCCGUGGCUGAUGGGUGAUAUGGUGCGGAAGGUCGACAAGGCGGUGGAGAGUAUGGCAGUCGUUGACGGGCUCUUAUCUGGGGCUACUGAGCAUGCUAGCAGGAUCCACAGAGAGGCGGUGGAAGCAAAGGAGGCGGAGAGAGCCAGGAUAGUGGCCGAAGCGUUGGCGGAGGCGGAGGAGGCCCGACGGAAGGUGGAGGAAGAAGAGGCUGCGAUUAGGGCAGCACAGGAAGCCUUGGAGAGGGAGGAGGCAGGGGAGGGCGAGGACGGGGAAGGCGGCGACCCUACCCCCGACGAGUAG